UACUUCAGCGAGAAGGUUGCUUUCAACGUCGGGGGCCGCCGCAAGUCAGGGUUUGGUAUACCCUUGGUUACCAUUGCUCUUGUUUUAACUGCCGUCCAGUGUGCCCUGGAUGAAUGGGCCACAGGUCAGAGGAGUGGCGUCGAGUUCAGCGAGAAGACGUAUGGACCUGUCUUUGAACACCACCUAUCGAAGCUCGACACCCUUAAGGAGAAGAUGGCUGAUAUGGAGAUUGUUGAACGCAUUCAGUCCCAGCUUCUGGAUGGUGCUCGUGAUUUUGCGAAGGUACCGGGUGAAGACUGCAAAGCAUCAUCGGGCUUUGAUGAGACUGAGUUAGAGAACAUGCGCAGGGAAUGGGCGGCAGCAGUCGCAGGUGUAGAAAACUAG